AUGUGCAGUAAUGACAACGUAGAUGAACGUAUCUCAAGAAUAGUUAAUUCCUCGCCAGCUGAACUAACGAGAAAUUCAACGAAAUCAAACAAUUCUUCCAUUUCAUCUGAAUCGAAGACUGCGUUAUUUAAUUCUGCAUCGUCCAGUAGUGCUACUACAAACCUUUUCCAUCAGCUCCAGCAAAAUCAUUCCUAUCAACGGCAGCAAUACAAUAGAUUGCCUGGACAAGCCAGUAGCAGUGGAACAGUUCAUCAUCAUCACCAUUAUCACCCGACCACAAAUAUGUCAUCCAUGCUUGGAGGAAACAGCAUUGUACCGCCGGGAAUUCUUCCACCAUUAGACCACUAUCGUCUACAGCUUUAUAACUACGCAGUAGCGGAGCGCUUACGAUGUUCUCAAUAUAACACUGGCGGACAACUACAAAUAUGUGGACCAGGAUAUCCUUCGGCAGCUGCAACAGCUGCUGCGGCGGCCGUAUCAGCCGGCGGCAACCCAUACGCCCCAUCUCGUUUCGCCCUUUCAAUGUCUUUUUUCCAUAACCGUGUUUUUCAACCAGAAGAACCUAAGCCACAACAUAGCUACAUUGGACUAAUUGCAAUGGCAAUUUUGAAUUCACCAGAAACUAAACUGGUCCUGUCAGAUAUAUACCAACAUAUCCUUGACAAUUAUCCAUAUUUCCGAACAAGAGGACCUGGAUGGCGAAACUCGAUCCGGCAUAAUCUAUCGCUAAAUGAUUGCUUUAUUAAGGCAGGACGUAGCGCCAAUGGCAAAGGUCAUUAUUGGGCUAUACAUCCAGCGAAUUUGGAAGACUUCAAGAAGGGUGACUUUCGUAGACGAAAGGCUCAGCGAAAGGUGCGCAAACAUAUGGGAUUGGCUGUUGAUGACGAAGGAACCGACUCUUCAAGUCCUCCACCGCUUGCUGUGACACCACCACCAACAGGUCGCCCUCAGCCGGGCUUGGUUCUUGACGCCUCAACUCAAUCGGCCUUCUGUGCACAAUCCUGGGCGGCAGCAGCUGCGGCUCAUGUACAAGCCCAAGCUCAAGCUGCAGUAGGACAACAAUCAUUGACGUCAUCGUUUUACUCACAAUCCUCACGAAAACGACAGUUUGAUGUUGCAUCUUUGCUUGCUCCAGAUGAAGACGAACAUGUAAUCCAUCGAAGUACACGAUCACCUUCGUUCCCUUUUGUCGACAAUCCCCGCCAAAAUAGACAGUUCCAACAGAGCCAACAGGCACAUGAUUCACAGCAUUUAUCGCAUUUGAAAGGAUCAUCUGCAAAGCGAUUGUCACUGGGCGCUGCGCAGUACAAUGAAAGCGAAAAUGAAGAAGAUAUUGAUGUUGUAGCUAGUGAUGUUGAAAAUAAUAAUAACAACGCCACCAAUAACCAGGAUGAUGCCAUCGAUCGUGACAAUUCCCCAUUAUUACUCCCUUAUAAUGAGGAUGAAGAGAGCACAACAGGAGGUGAGGAGCUACAUAAGGAGGAUAUUAUUGACACUAACUCUGCCAAUCAACAGCAUCAACAACAACAACAACGUCAACUCGAGUCACAACACCAACGUCAACAGUCACCAGUAGCUGCACCCAUGAUUUUUGGUGACGAAGAUAAUGCAUUAGCCGAGAGUAGCAGUGACAGCAAUCCAAUGGCAAGAGCAGCUGCAGCUGCUGCCGCCGCAGCUUCCUGGCAUGGCAUCAUUCAACAAUGGCCAGGAAACUUUCAGCAACAUUUGAAUAAUGUCUCACCAAAUGUAAAUACUCAAAUACUCCAGAGAUACUAUGGGCAGUAUAUGGCUGCUGCAGCGGCACAACAGGCUGCCGCUGCCGCUAACACUUCCCAAACAUCCUCUGUCCCCCAACUGAAAACGCAAAAUACCAGCUCUAAAAUAAUUUCUCACUCUAUUUUUGGAGGAAGUUUAGAGUAG